CUAUCAUUACACCCACAGUACGCUGUUCAGUCUGUGUGUGCAGUGAGCAGCGCGCUUGGAUUUGGUUAUCAUCUGUUAGUUUGGAUUGACAGGCUUGUCUGCGGUGUGUGUCAGGACCAGGACCAGUCCGAAUCUGUCCGGAGCGGACUUCAGGUUGAGCCCUUCUGCACCGACAGCUUCACUGAGUUCAGACUUCAGCGCCACCAUGAGCUCGUCCACCGCUCUGCUGUGUCUGCUGGCCGGGGCUGUAGCCGCCAUUCAGAACCCACAUCCAGUGUUUUUGGACAAGCAGCAGGCGAGCACACUGAUCUCCCGUCAGAAGAGGAACGUGGACGGCAGUAAGCCAGCUCAGCCUGCGAGCCUGGAGCAGAUGUGCAUGGAGAAAGUGUGCACCUACGAGCAGGCCAGGAGUGUGUUCCAGGACUCGUACCGCACGGAUAUCUUCUGGUCCGUCUACAUCGACGGAGACCAGUGUGCAGAGAAGCCCUGCAAGAAUGGAGCCUUGUGUUCGGACAGCGUUGGAGGCUACGACUGCGUCUGCAAGUCCGGUUUCUCAGGAGUCCACUGUGAAAAAGACCAGACUCUGUGCUCCCUGGCAAAGAACGAGGGCUGCUCCCAGUUCUGUAAACCAGGCUACACAUCCUACGAGUGCUCCUGUGCACGAGGAUGGAGGCUCAGCUCCUCGGACAGGAACAAGUGUGAGCCUGCAGUGAAAAACCCCUGUGGUAAGGUGAAGAGUCUGAGCCGCUGGACUACCAGACAGGAGACCAACAUUGGCAGCAACUAUGAAGGACUUACCUGUACUUCCACAGAGUGUCCCUGGCAGGCCCUCCUGAAGAGUACAGAGUCUGCAGGUUUCUGUAGCGGAGUCAUUUUGAAGGAGAACCUGGUCCUGACUUCAGCUCAGUGUGCAAAUAAAUACAGAUCUUUCCAGGUGGCUGUAGGCAAGCGCAGCAGUGACUAUGAAAACGGAGAGCAGACGCUGUACGUACACUUGAUUCAUGUCCACCCACGCUACGUGGAAGGUCGCCCUGAAAAUGACCUGGCCUUGAUCGAACUGCGUGACCGCAUCCAGUUUAAGGAUCAGGUGGUGGCAGCAUGUCUUCCAGAGAGAGACUUUGCUGAGAGCAUCCUAAUGGGGAGAGAACACGUGGCCCUGGUCACUGGAUGGAGAGAAACCAAGGACACGCCCGCUUUCCAGAGCCCGCUCACCCUAAAUCAUCUGGAUUACAAGCCCCUCCCUCAAUGUCUGGAGACUCACGGCAAACUGAUGACCAACAAAAUGGGCUGCACCAUUCCCCGGACCAACGCCGACUGCACCAUGAGCUCCGGCAGCCCCCUGCUCACCCUGUACAAGGACGUGUUCUUCCUCACCGGGGUGGUCAGCCAGCCGCCGGGGGCCGACUGCAGCAGAGGCUACAUCUUCCAGAAAGUGUCACGCCAUCUGGGCUGGCUGCGGCCGCUCAUGGGCUCACGUUAGGGGGAGAAGACGGGACGACUUUGUGAGGUUACUGGUUAUGGAAAAUAAGUGAUAAUGCGGGGGUAUUAUAAUAACUCACACAGGGAAUCAGAACAUUUUCAUUGUGCACUUUUAGUUCAUUCUUUUGUCUUUUAACAUCAUCCUUCUGAUGAAAAGCUAUUCUAGCAAACAUAUAAGUGACUGCUUGUCUGUAUCUGUGGACUUCCGCAUCAAUCCACAAGGUGGCUCUCUAUUAACAUAAACACAGAGAAGCUCUUCCUGUACGUAUUUAGCAGCCUCAGAGUAAGAGUCAGUAAUGGAUGCAGUGUAUUAUUUAGCAUGUGAUUUGUGACGUGGACUUGCCUUUUAAUUACCUUUAAGUGAUGCUAUUUGAAGUGACUGUACUGUUUGACAUGCACCUUGUAACACUCAGUUUAUCACUGUUCUAUAAAUGUAAUAAAACCUAACACCACA